UUCAUUUUUGCCAUUAUUUAUUUGAAAGUAAUAUAAUCUUAUUAGGGCAAAGCCAAUAUUUCGAAACAUUGUAGUUCAAUUCGAUUCAGUAUGUCUCGUCUUGUAAUCCUUACAUGUUAUCUGCUUUUCAGUUCCCGGCGGGCUACAACAACAACAAUCAGUAUGUCUGCUGUUUAGUUUAUUCUGAGAUCAUAUUUAAAAAUAUCUGAGCUCUUUAUAAGCCCAAUGAUUUUAUCAUCCAAGAACUGUUUGAAUAGAGUAAUGCCCCAAUAUAUUUAUAUAGGAUUGUUUCUACAAAAUUGUUAAUAUAUAAUGUUGAGGAACACAAUGGACCUAUCAUCUAUUGUAUUGCAAAGAAACAUUCUGAUUAUAAGGGAAUAAGACUUGCUAUUACUAUCACUACUAGGUUAUACUAGAUAUCUUAAAGAUCGAGUUAGGCCCAUUGCCCUAUUGUGGUAACUUUACUAUUAUUUAAUGAAAAAAAAAAAUGUAAAUAUAAUAUUUAAAUGUUAUGAAAUUAAAUUAAAAAGCGAUUGACCUUUCUUCCACUGCGCUUACAAAAUUCUCUUCAGUUUUUGCGGAACAGACAUUUUUAUUGCAUCGGCGCUUGUGAAGUUCAAGUGCAGCAGAAAUUGGGUCAAGAAUAUCGCGAGUGCACUUAAAUGUUUCUUUCAACUUGAAAAUUGUAUAAAACAAAAGACAAACUUCACAUUUCAGACAUUCAAGAGAACAAGAAGAACAAGAAGAACACAAUGGGUACAUGAUGAGUUCGAGCACAAAAUUCUCACUUUUAAUUAAAUGCUUUUGUUUACAGUUUAUUUGAAAGGAUUAUUUGCCAGAAGGACGACGACUGCUUUGCUGUUUAUUGCAAUCAUUGCGAGUGUGGAGUGUGGUCCCACAAAAAUUGCAUAUAAGAAACCAAUUUAUGGAAAAACAAAUAUUAUUAAAGAAAAGCGUAUAAAAGCUAAAGUGGAGGAACCAAAAACCACAACUUACAAAGCAAAUGUAAUCACAGCAACCAAACUCAGCACAGAGCAAUUGGAAGUUACCACGUUACCAUAUGCGGUUGCAACAAAUUUAACAACUGCAACUGCACACAUACAAACGGUACCAAAUUUAGAAGCUACUGGACCAACAUUAACAACAGAAGCACCUAGCAGCACCGCAGUAGUAGACACCACAGAGCAAAGAGGAACAACGGAGCAAAUUGGAAUAACAACACAGAAAGAAAUGCCAGCAAUAACGACAGCCAAGCACUUCUUUGGAAGUCAAAACCAGGAUUCUGUACAAAGUCUGGAAAAAACUAGUGAAUCUGCAGCUACGGCAUCUAGCACAAGUAGAACAAGCACAAGCACAAGCACAAGUACAACGGAGAAUAACCGAAUAGUGCCGUGCACAUGUGGUAUUUUCCUCUCCUCACAGAUUAAGCAAGGCAGCAGUGAAAAACCAACUGGUAAACCAGCCAUAAGUAACGAACUGGAUCGGAAUUAUCCUUGCAAUGCCAUCGGUCAGAAACAAUGCCAAACCAAGUGCCUAGAAAAUAUUGUAAAGCAUCUGCCUAACUCCGCGGCCAUAUUGUGUGCAUCUUUAGAUAGAGACAUACGCAAGGAGCGUGCCUACUUGUAUGUUAAGAACUGCAACAACAACUGGUGGAAUACUACAUUAGCAGCUGGACGAGAAUAUUGUUGUAAGAACGGUACACCGUACACGUGCCCAAUGGUCUAAGCGCUACGUUUUAGGAAGAACUGCUGGAUUUGUUAGAACGAAAAUUGUAAAUAAAAACCAAAGUCUUUGUAAAUAAAGUUAAAAAUUAAAAUG